AUGGAAGCCCCUGACGGAGUUCCAUUGAAGGCUGAAGUUGCCCGACGGGAGAGCCUCGGAUCGCAGAACUCCCAGACAGCGAAAGAGUUCACUGAUUCCCAGAUACGUCUCGAGGCCGACGCUCGAGAGAUUCUGCCAUACUCUUUCGACUCUUGCACCUAUGAACUCGGUCCCCUGCGCCAGAGUCUCUUCGCUUGCUUAACUUGCAACCCACCCCCAGCCAAGCCUGACGAGGAGUUCACACCCGCCGGUGUCUGCUACUCCUGUUCAAUUGCUUGCCAUGGCGAACACACCCUAGUUGAACUGUUCAACAAGCGCAACUUUGUCUGUGACUGUGGAACUACACGUAUGCCCUCCACAUCUCCUUGUACCUUGCGCGAAGAUCCCGAAACCGGUCGAAAGGGUGUUCACUCUCAACAAGCCGCCCCGGGAAACAAAUACAACCAUAACUUUCGAAACCAGUUCUGCGGAUGUGGCGAGAAAUAUGAUCCAUAUUCAGAGAAAGGAACCAUGUUCCAAUGCCUUGGCCUGGGUAGCGUCGAAACUGGUGGCUGUGGUGAAGACUGGUGGCACCCUGAGUGUCUGAUUGGCUUACCACGCGAUUGGCACAAGAAGCCUGAGCAUGAAAAGUCCAUCUCUGCAGGUGGCACAGAUGGCGCCGGCGAUGGUGCGGGUGAUGGUGCGGGUGAUGGUGCGGGUGAUGGUGCGGGUGAUGGUGCGGGUGAUGGUGCGGUCGACGACGAGGAAACGCCACUUCCUCCCGGGUUCCCUGCCGAAGACGAUUUUGACCAGUUCAUCUGCUACAAGUGUGUCGAGUCUGUACCAUGGCUCAAGCGUUAUGCAGGGACCUCGGGCUUUCUGCCGGCAGUUUAUCGCAAAGGUGGAAUGAACGAUCCUCAAGAGUCUUUGGAGGAGCCCGGUGAUUCAAAAACCUCAGAUUCAGAGGACAAGUCCAAGAAGCGUAAGGCCGAGGAUAGUGAACCAGAAGUACCGGAGCGUGUCGCAAAGAAGUCUCGAGAGAACGAAUCUGAUGCGACGAAGGAAGCCCAGCCUGAAGUCUCCUUUUCAGAACCUGUGGAGGAGGAGGCUGAAUCUCUCAGUCGAUCGAAAACACUACAAGAAUCGAAUACCGCCGACAAGACUUCAGUGCCCGACUCCACCGGGGCCAAGCCGAAGCACGCCCUCCUCCCGCCCACCACCCCUCAAGCAUCUUUCUCUCUCUUCCUUCUCGAAAAUUUCCAAGAUGGUCUCUGCCGCUGUGCAGAGUGCUACCCCCAGUUAGCACCCUAUCCCCAACUGCGCGAGGAAGAAGAUACAUACGAGCCACCUUUGUCCGAUGACGGCGAGAACGGAAAUGGGGCUCGCAGCGCAGGAACGGGUAGCCUCCUUGAGCGCGGCGAAGCGGCGCUCAGCAACAUUGAUCGUGUGCGCGCCAUCGAGGGCGCUAUGAUCUACAAUCAUCUCCGUGACAAGGUGAAGGAUUUCCUCAAGCCAUUCGCCGUGAGUGGCCAGGCCGUGAGCGCAGAGGAUAUCAAAGGUUACUUUGAAAAAUUGCGGGGUGAUGAGCAGGGUAUUAAAGAUGCUGCUGACGGUGCCUCCGCUGAGGGGAAAGGCAACGGUGGUGAUGACAGUCACCGCGACGAGCAGCCUAGUAAGUUCACUGGUCUUUGA